AUGUAGCUGCAUUCUCUUACAUCCUGAGUGGUGAUUUUUGAAUUGCUUUGCCAGAUGUAGAGUCAAUCUGCACUUCACCUGUGGUCUUGUGGCAUGACAAGUGAUCCUGCAGCUUGUAGGCUCAUUGGCUGUUGCGUUCCUUUGCCAUUAUUUGUUGCCUAAGGUACUAUCAGAUGAUCUGUGUGAAACUGUAGCCAGUUUCUGCAGCCUUAGUUCCCAUUUGCAUUUCCACAGAAUAGAAUGAGACUACUCACAUGUCUGAGACCUGCAGAGUAGGACUAGAAGGCUAUUAAACACAGAGACAUUGUAAAAACGUAGUAUUGUUGUUUAUGAAAACCAAAAGUUGGUAUUUAUUGUCAAGUCUUCAGACACUUCCUUAGAAACAUCAGUGGGAUGGACUGGAGAGAAAUUUAUUUUCCAAGUAUUAGGGAAAAUGCAGACCCCCUUUAGACGAGUGUGGUUAUUGUGAAAAAAAAUAUAAUCAUUCUUUUACUUUGUCUAUUUUGUUUUUUAAAAAAACACAGUUAAAGCAUAAAGCAUAAUUUUACUUUGUGGUGUUUUACCAAAAAUUGCUGAAAACUCAAGAGGGAUUAAGGGCAGGCUUUGUUUCAAGGCCAGAUUAAGAUGUCAGGUUACUCCAGGCUUUCCAGUUUGUGUUCCUUGUGCCAAGCCUUGCCAACCAAGCCAGUUCUGCAGUAGAAUCCAGACUUGCCCACAGUUGGGGGAAAGGCAAUUUGACUGUCUCUUUUUGUCAUCUUGGGAUUUUUAAUUUGGUCUGUCUCUAUAAUCAAAUGUAAGAUAACACACCAGGAACACACGACAGCUUGUGUCUGUGCAAGCGGACAGUGUUCUGCACCAGCCCCGAGCCGAGUGCCUAGGGGGAGCUGUGCUUGGAACUACAUCUCCCAGCAGCACUGGCUGGCUGGAGGAAGCAAUCACGGUGGUUCCUCCUGGACUUCAGACAGGGAUUUGAACCCUGAGAAGCGACAGGUUCCUGACGAUCCUGUGUCACGCAGCCCGCAUCUCGCCACAAGAAAGGGCAACUCCUCUCCCACCAGCAGAGCCGGGAUGGUGCAGGUGUCGGUCCUGCCGUUCUCCCGCUGCCUGUUCGACGACCCUGUGCAGAUAUGCGUGGAGGGACUCCAGCCACAGCAGGCAGUCACGCUCCGAGCCAGCCUCCUGGACGAGAGUGGCGAGCUCUUCCAAGCCCACGCUCGCUACCGAGCUGGGAGCAGCGGAGAGCUGGACCUCAGCCGCUCCCCUGCGCUGGGAGGCACCUAUUCGGGAGUGGAGCCCAUGGGGCUGCUGUGGUCUCUGCAGUCUAAAGUGCCCUACAAGCGACUGGCAAAGAGGAAUGUCCUGACCCCUUUCUGUGUGGACUUGGAAGUGUAUGAGGGCCACGGGGACAUGAGCCAGUUGCUGGGAAAAUGUACCAAUGAGCGAUGGUUUUUAGGAGAGGGGGUGAAGAGGAUUUUGGUCAGAGAAGGUCGUCUGAAAGCAACCCUCUUCCUCCCUCCUGGACCUGGUCCAUUUCCUGGACUUAUCGAUUUGUAUGGAUCUGGAGGAGGUCUUGUUGAAUACAGAGCAAGUCUUCUGGCUAGCAGAGGCUUUGUGACUCUGGCUCUUGCUUACAUGGCCUUUGAAGAUCUACCUGCUAUGCCAGAGAUUCUUGAACUGGCCUAUUUUGAGGAAGCUGUAAACUUUUUGCAGAAGCAGCCACAGGUGAAAGAUACUGGCAUUGGUGUUUUGGGCUUGUCUAAAGGAGCUGAUCUAGCCCUUUCCAUGGCUACAUUCCUACCUGGCAUCAAGGCAGCUGUCAGCGUAUCUGGAAGUGGUUUUAAUUCUUUCAUUCCCUUGCAGGGGAAUGGCUUCACUAUUCCUCCCCACCCAUGUGAUUUGGGGAGGGUGAAGAUCAAUGAGUCUGGUCUAGCAAAUUUUUCAGAUGUCCUAGAUGAUCACAGGGACCCAGCGACUUGGGAUUGUCGCAUUCCCAUGGAGAGGUCCACAGCCAAGUUCCUCUUCCUAUCCGGAGAGGAUGACACGAACUGGAAAAGUGACCUCUAUUGCCGGGAUGCCGUCCACCGCCUUCAGCAGCAUGGACUGGAAGUGGAGUUUUGCUCCUAUUCCGGAGCAGGGCACCUCUUGGAGCCACCAUACUUGCCUCUGUGCCAGGCUUCGAUCCACAAAGUGUUGGGAAUGCUUGUGUGUUGGGGAGGGCAGUGGCGGGAGCAUGCCAAAGCCCAAGAAGAUGCAUGGCGCAGGAUACAGGCCUUUUUCUGGCAACACUUGGUGGACUCAGACAUCCCUAAGAGCAAGUUGUAGUGGGAGGUGUCAAAGAUGCUGACCAGGGUUGGUGUUUCAUCUCUCACUGAAUCUUGGAAACUCAUGGAAAAUUUCCUGGCCUGCCUUUCUCUGAACGUCAUUGUUGCAUAGUUGUUUAUUUUCAUUUCCCAGAUAAUUUCCCAUUUUUUAGUUGGAUUUUAGUUGAGUGGUGGCCUCUGCUGUGUUGUAGGUUGGCACCAUCUGACCUGCCUGUGUGUUGUAGUCAUCUGAGAAAAACCCAGCAUCCUGUCAUGCAGGUUGCAUUUCUACUAAGCUAUCUUUGCCCUCAGUCUCCAGCCAUCUCCUUUGGUACCAGGGAAUAUUCACACAGGAGGAAUUUUCUAUAGAACUGUUUAGUCUUGCACCUUUAACUAACCUAGAUGUGAACAGCCAUUUGUUGGGACAGCACAUCUGUACACUUUCCUUUCCUCUUGCUAUUUCAUUUUUUCACAUUUCUUAGUAAAAAGGUUGUGGCAGUCCUGAUCUCAACUAAGUAAAGAGGCACUCCUCUGACUUAUUCUGAAGCGCAGUGAUAACAUUUUUUUUCUGGUACCUCAAAAACCAGAAGACAUUAAUCUUACCAGAUUACACUGGUUGUAUCUCCUGUGGACUCCAGAUAAGUCCCACAUCAUGGUAAAGUUUCCACUGCACUGCUCAAGAAAUACAAUGUGUAUGUGUGUAUGCACAGUUUACUUGAAAUUAUCUGAAUGGAGCCUUCGACUGUCUUUAUGCCUAUUCAUACAUAGGCAGCAAUCCUGGCUGAAGAGUUUCUAUACAGGAGUCCUGACCUCCUACUUGUUAGAGUGGUGGUGGAAUUUGCAGUGCUCAAGGUGGGGGUGCUACAGAUGUGUUAGAUACUUGCUUUUGAAUGUUGAAAAUCAGUUUAUCCUCCUAUUGAGGAGGAAGAAUAAAGCUACUGCUGCUGCUGCUGAAUUCUGAGGAGACUGUGACCUACUUCAUGCAUUAGUGGGAUAGUGGCAUACAGCUGCUUGCUGGCGUUUUCUAGAUAUCAAAUGGCAUCAACUGAGCAAAUUAUGCUUCCUGGAGCAGUCAAGGCUCCCAUUCUGACCGUGGAAGCCAGCAGGAGCUGGGGUUCUCUGCAUUUGCUGAGGCAGCAAACCCUUGCCUUUGGGAGAACAGCAGUACCUGGUUUCCAGUUCCUGCUGAGACAUGAGCCCUGCAAGAGCCUGGAUCCUGCGGAGGGCACAACUGUGCCCUCAGUUUUCUUGCUUCAGGGAGCAAUGGCUACGCAAAAUGAGCAUGUUGGGCCUCCAAAGGCUGCAGAUUCUCAUCCAGUGCAGAGUGUGCCCCUUCAGUUACUUCUGAUUUUCCCACCCCAGCCUUCCUCGGAAUGGUCAGUGGGUACCACUUAGCUCAAGGUGUGGGCAAUUAGAGUGGGGAGGUCUUGCUCCUUCUCACCUGUAGUCAUCAUCGAUCAAAUUUUCUGCUAUUACCUCUUCUUCAUUUCUGUUUUUCCCUUGAGUAUCUAUGUCCUGCUUGGACUGUGGUUCUUCCAGAUGCUUAGUGAGUGAAUAGGACCUGGCAGAAGAGGAACAUGUAGCAACAAGGGAAGUCAAACAUAUUUAAGCAGUUCAGUCUAAAUAAGGGACAUUUUCUUUUCCCUCAUUUUUUCCAUUUUAUUGGAGCAGUCAAAAAAACCCUGGGUUGUCCAUCCACAUUUGCCUCAGACUCAGGGCACAAGACUAUGAUACAAGUGAUGUUGUUCUUCUGUUUUUACUGAAAACAGUGAGGCUGAUGCAGUGGUUUACUCCACUGUGAAAACCACACAGUGGUUUACUCCAGCCUGUGGACUAACUCACGUCUAUUUUAAUCCUUUCUGAGGGGAAGAAAAACUUUCUCAGCCUUCCAUGGGCAGUUUACAGAUCUAUGCUUUGAAUUACAAAAUUGUGAGCUUCUGAGAAAAUAAUUUUUCUUUAGCAAACUAUCAUUAAAAGUAAAAAUACUUCAGUGUGUUCAGUGAUGCUUUCAUACAGCCUGUUACAUUGUCACAUUCAGCAGUCGGGUUCAAGGAAAAACAGUGUUGAAACUAGAGGAUGAAGGGAGCUGAUGGGUGUCUCCAUAGCACAGAGGACCUCUUUGUUUUGUUGCUCUGGAAUGAAAGCUUUGCCACCAAGUUAAAAGCCUUUUGUUUCUCACUUGGAUGGCAACAGGCAAGCCAGACUGAAAAAGCUCAUUUAGCUGGACAGCUCUGUGCCACAUACAAACAGGAAAAUAUGCCAGCCAACCCAGUUGCACUGGGAAUUCUUCGUAAAUCAGCUGGCCUUUUAAAAUUAAACUCAAGUUUGAAACGUGUCUUCAGGAAAUAGAAACUGGAAACUGAAGGAAGACUAAUAUAAAGUAAUUGCAAACGGCCUAACUUCAAUAAAAUGCAUAUGCCUGUUCUUGAGCAUGUUCUUCAGUGUUUUGCCAAAGACUUUCACUAUUUAAUAUUUCUUCUGUUGAAGAGGUGAUUUAGACAAAUGGGGCUAAGAUCACUUUUUCUUUCCAAGUUAGUGACUGAAAUUCUGCUAAUUGCAGACUGUAAAGUUAAGGUGUUUUAUAUAAUUUCUCCAGGCUUACAGACAACAUUAUUCAAGAACAACGCGAGAGUUAUUAUUUAAUUAAAGAUAAUUGAUCUUUAGCUGCAAAAGAGCCUAUGCCAAGCAUGACUGAUAAAACUAAUAAAAGUUGAAUGGAGAAA